UCUUCCAUCACCCAGUCCGCACCUGCUCGUUAUUAUCCAAUUCCCCUCUGAUCGAAAACAAUGGCUGGUCGAAGAGGACCACCAGGACCACCUCUGGCACCAGGACUGCCAUCAAGACCGCUUGGUGGACAACGCGAUCGGGAAGACGACCACAGGGGUGGCGAUGGCAGGGGCGCCUUCAUGAGAGGCGGCGGCAUCGAUGUCAGGUAUGAGAGGGGUAAUGGCCCCGCGUUCAGACAAGGCGACCGAGAUUAUCCAAUGCGGCCUGCAGCAAGAGACGAUCGCGAUGGCGCAGGUAGGCUUCCUCCCCCUCAUCGAGACUAUGGCAAUGACUGGGGAAGAGAGCGAGACGAUCGGAGAGGCCCGAGUCACCCUCGCGGAUCACGUUGGCAAAGGGAGAGGACUCGAAGUCCACCUCCUCGAGGGGACAGAUGGGGAGGUGGAAGGCCGACGAGGGAACGUAGUCCUGAUCCUCUUGAAGCGCGUAUGGAAAGAUGUGAGUGCUACAAACAACAGGGAUGUCCAUGCGACAACGGGCGCUCAUGAAUUUCCCUUUCCUCCUCCACUGCCUUCCUCAGCAGCACAGCACCCUCCGCUACGACGUCCCUCUCCCUCCUUGGGUGGAAGAAUGCGGUCUCCCUCCCCUUCAGGACCGUCUUCCCACUAUUCCAGGCAGCAGUAUCCUGCGCAAGGAAGGGACAGUGGUUACCCUCCCAGGGCGGAUAGAGAGCGGGACAGGAAUUGGCCCAGGGACUCAGCAAGCAGUCACUUCGACCGCGAAAGGGACUACGCUCAUGAGA